UUGAUGCAGCGUGUGAAGAUAUUAAUACAUGUAAACAUGUUUCAGACUAAACAUUAUAAUAGUGGAUUUAAUAAUUAGUUUUUUGGUUGUCGCCCUUUUAAUAUAGUGUAAGGCUAUAAGCUCUAUUGAAUAUUUGAGAUAAUGUAGUGAUAAACUAACAACAUAAUGAUCUGUCAAAGCUGUUACAUGCAAAGUUGUGACAUGUGACAUCCUAGCCACUAACCUCAAAGUUCGGAUUCAAACCUUUCAAGUUGGUUUAUACGGUUAGUUAACUCACUGGUCGUUAAAAGUACACGUGUUCAUGCAUUACAAGUUACAAAACCGAAGAAAAUUUACUAAACCGGACCAAAAAAAAAACAAAUUGGUUACAAAACGAAGCGAGAAGCCGUUAAAAUGCCUUGGAUCUCUCUGGCGCGCACAUAUGCCAUUAGUUUUGCUUUCUCUCUACAAAGUAGCCAUUCAUUGGAAACCACUUUCUCCGCAUUUUCGAUUUCUGUCAACGACCUUCCCAAUCUCCAAAACUCUUUCUUUUCUUGAAAUACAUUUCUUGAUUUGAUAAAGACAAACGAUCUCAAAGAUGGCACGACAUGAUCCUAAUCCAUUUGCUGAUGAAGAGAUCAAUCCUUUCGCGAAUUAUACAAAUGUUCCUCCAGCAAACAACUCAUACCUCAAGCCGCUUCCACCGGAACCUUAUGAUCGUGGUGCAACCGUUGAUAUCCCUUUGGAUUCCGGCAAGGAUCUUCGAGCUAGAGAGAUGGAACUCCAGGCUAAAGAGAACGAACUGAAGCGGAAAGAGCAGGAGCUUAAAAGAAGAGAAGAUGCAAUUGCGCGAACUGGAGUAGUCAUUGAGGAGAAGAAUUGGCCCGAGUUUUUCCCUUUAAUUCAUAAUGACAUUCCAAAUGAGAUUCCGCUUCAUCUACAGAAGAUCCAAUAUGUCGCAUUCACCACACUGUUAGGAUUAGUAGGAAGUCUCUUGUGGAAUUUUGUGGCAGUAACUGUAGCUUGGAUCAAAGGAGAAGGUCCCACUAUAUGGCUUAUGUCAAUCAUCUACUUCAUUGCUGGGGUCCCUGGGGCUUACGUCUUAUGGUAUCGUCCUCUUUACCGAGCUACCCGAACUGAUAGUGCCCUGAAGUUUGGAGCUUUUUUCUUCUUUUACGUGUUUCACAUCGCAUUCUGCGGCUUUGCUGCAGUAGCUCCACCAGUCAUCUUUCAAGGAAAGUCUCUCACAGGUUUCUUGCCAGCACUUGAGCUUCUAACUACUAAUGCUGCGGUCGGUGUAAGUAUUACUUCUGCUCCUUCACAAGUACUUAACUUCAGCUUGCUUGCGACAGUCUUACCAUCUUUUUUCUCCCCCACAGAUAAUGUACUUCAUUGGAGCCGGGUUCUUCUGUGUCGAAACACUCCUCAAUAUCUGGGUGAUACAGCAAGUAUAUGCAUACUUCCGAGGGAGUGGCAAAGCUGCAGAGAUGAAGCGUGAAGCUGCAAAAUCAACCUUGAUGCGUGCACUAUAAAGACAACACUCCUCACUGGAGAAUGUAUCAAAUGGUGGCUUGAGGUCAAAUC